AUGCAUAGAACAUAUUCAUUAAGAUCAUCAAAAGCUCCAACUGCUUCUCAAUUACAAUCUCCACCACCACCACCAUCAUCAACUAAAAAUAGAUUUUUUGGUUCAGGUGGUUUAUCAUCAUCAAUUAGAAAAGCUGCAGCUGGUGCAACUGGACCAGAAUUAUCAAGAAAAUUAACUCAAUUUAUUAAAAUGGAAAAAAAUUUUAUGAGAUCAGUUGAAGUUACUUCAAGAGAAAGAAAAGAUAUUGCAAAACAAUUAAGUGCUUGGGGUGAAGGUAAUGAUGAUGAUGUUAGUGAUGUUACUGAUAAAUUAGGGGUUUUAAUUUAUGAAAUUGGUGAAUUAGAAGAUCAAUAUAUUGAUAAAUAUGAUCAAUAUAGAAUUACUUUAAAAUCAAUUAGAGAUAUUGAAGGUUCAGUACAACCUUCAAGAGAAAGAAAACAAAAAAUUACUGAUGAAAUUGCUCAUUUAAAAUAUAAAGAUCCUCAAUCUCCAAAAAUUCCUGUAUUAGAACAAGAAUUAGUUAGAGCAGAAGCUGAAUCAUUAGUUGCUGAAGCUCAAUUAUCAAAUAUUACAAGAGAACAAUUAAAAGCUGCUUUUAAUUAUCAAUUUGAUGCAACAAGAGAAUUAGCUGAAAAAUAUGCUUUAAUUGCUGGUUAUGGUAAAGCUUUAUUGGAAUUAUUAGAUGAUUCAGCAGUUACUCCAGGUGAAACAAGACCAGCUUAUGAUGGUUAUGAAGCUUCAAAACAAAUUAUUAUUGAUGCUGAAAAUGCUUUAGCUAAUUGGACUUUAGAUUCAGCAGUUGUAAAACCAACUUUAUCAUUACAUCAUGAAUAUGAUGAUGAAGAAGAAGAACCAGAAAUUAAUGAUGCUGCUCAACAAGAAUUUAAUAAACAUGAUGAUGUUCAUCAAAUUCAUCAAGAUGGUCAUCAAACUCAAUCACAUGUUUAA